UUCAGAAAAUUCAGGUAGCCCUCUCCCUAUGAGAGCGUAGCAAUAAUCUUCCCCUCUUUAUCAGUGUUUCAUUAUCUAUUUGACAUCGAUCUUUGAUAUAAACCCAAACGAAUUAAGAAGUCGAGUUUCUGUUUGAAAGAGAACGUUUUAAGGGCGCGUGGAUUGCUACGGAAGUUGCCUCCUAUUCGGUGAUGUAAUUUUGGAACAGAUGGCGGUCUGAACUCGCAUCAUCGAAUACCCAUCUGAUUAUUCUGCCACUCCAACUGCUGUAGUAUUACAGCAAAGUAAGAAAGCAUGAUAGUGGAAAAACCGGAGUGGGUGCGCCAUGGGGGCCUGCAAAUAUUUUCCAUCGACAUUCAGCCCACUGGUUUGCGUUUUGCCACGGCUGGGGGUGAUCAUAAGGUUCGCAUAUGGAGCAUGAAGCCGGUGGCAAAAGAAGUUGAUAAUGAUCAAGCAAGUCACAAAUUGCUCGCCACUCUUCGUGACCACUUUGGGUCUGUUAAUUGUGUGAGAUGGGCUAAACAUGGUCGGCACAUAGCUUCAGGUUCUGAUGAUAAGGUAAUUCUCAUCCAUGAAAAGAAAGCUGGGUCUGGCACUACAGAGUUUGGGAGCGGAGAACCUCCAGAUGUUGAGAACUGGAAAGUUGUGAUGACAUUGCGAGGCCACACUGCAGAUGUGGUGGAUCUCAACUGGUCUCCAGAUGAUUCAAUGCUAGCCAGUUGUAGCUUGGAUAACACAGUUCAUAUAUGGAAUAUGAGUGAUGCAACUUCUAUUGUUCUUUUAAAGGGUCACACUAGCCUUGUCAAAGGAGUUGCAUGGGAUCCAAUUGGUUCUUUUCUUGCAAGCCAGUCGGACGACAAAAGUGUCAUUAUCUGGCGCACAAGUGACUGGAGCCGAGAACACAGAACUGAAGGCCAUUGGGGAAAAUCAGUAGGAUCAACAUUCUUCAGGCGUCUUGGAUGGUCACCCUGUGGACAUUUUAUUACAACAACACAUGGGUUUCAAAAGCCGAGCCACUCUGCACCAGUAUUAGAAAGGGGUGAUUGGUCUGCAACGUUUGACUUUCUUGGACAUAAUGCUCCCGUUGUUGCAGUCAAGUUCAACCAUACAAUGUUUUGCAAACAUCAUGUCAAUGGUUCAGAGUCAAUGGACCAUCAACAAGUGGACACAAGUGGACAUGCUAAUGGCGCAUUGAAAUCAGUCUCAAAGGAUCGAAAAUUCUAUAAUGUAAUAGCAAUGGGAAGCCAAGACUGCAGUAUCACUGUCUGGACUACAGUCAGUCCACGACCAAUUUUUGUUGGGAAACAUUUUUUUUCUCAGAGUGUUGUUGAUCUCUCAUGGAGCCCUGAUGGAUAUUCACUUUUCUGUUGCUCUUUGGAUGGAAGUGUUGCCACAUUCCAUUUUGAGCCAAAAGAAUUGGGUUAUAGGAUUUCAGAUGCUGAGAUGGAUGAAAUAAGGAGUCGUCGAUAUGGUGACGUGAGAGGAAGACAGACAAGCUUAGCGGAGAGUCCUGCCCAACUAUUGCUUGAAGCAGCAGCAGCCAAGCAAUCUGCUAGCAAAAAGGCUAAUACUACUGCACAACGUAGCAGUUUGGCUGGGAAGUCAUAUAGUAAUCCUGUUAAUUCAAAUGAGGGGCAGCUGGCAACAAAGAACUCUGAUAUUAAGGCUUUAGAUGUUGGAAAAAAGACUAGUGGUUCAGUUGCAGGUGUUCUAAAUAAAAACAACUCUACCAAGGUUACCAGUCCUGUGAAGCAAAGAGAGUACAGGCGACCGGAUGGCCGUAAGAGGAUUAUUCCAGAAGCAGUUGGUGUUCCUAUGCAGCAGGAUUCUAAUGGAGCACAUGGGGCUAUGCCUGAAUUGGGUUCUCCAAAAUUUGGUCAAAGAAAGGAUGACCAUCAGUUAGGACUCAGUGAUAAUGGAGGUACAGUAGCUGGGCAGAAGCGGCCUUUUCUUGCAGGAGGAAGUGAGCACGCGAAGCAAUCCCAUUCUAGAAGUGAAAAUCCUUCAGUGUUUUCUGCAAGGGCUUGUAUUAACGAGUCUCUAACAAUAGAGACGGAUCAACUUUCUAUAGAUCGUGAUGCUAAAGGAAAUCUGAUGCAUUCUGAGCUUGUUACUGUGUUGAAUAGCCAAAAUCCUAAAGGGAUAUUAUCUAUAAGCAUAUUUGACACAGAUAGGGAACCAGACAGUAUACCAACAUGUUUAGAAGCUAGAUCUGUAAACAGUGUUUCUGACACAAUAAAUGGUUCUGGGCUGAAGGAAAUGGAAGUAAUUUGCUCAAAAGGAGGUCUUACACAGUGGCGUGAUAAAUUGCCUGGUAAUGUAACUGUUUUGGCAGGCAAUGCCAAUUAUUGGGCAGUUGGAUGUGAGAAUGGUUGCCUACAGGUUUACACAAAAUGUGGAAGGAGAGCCUUGCCAACCAUGAUGGUAGGUUCUGCACCAACAUUCAUAGACUGUGAUGAGGGAUGGAAAUUACUUCUGCUUACACAGAGGGGCUCAAUGUAUCUCUGGGAUGUAUUUCAUUGGAAUUGCCUUGCACAUGAUUCUCUCGCUCCUCUUGUUGCUUCAGCCACAGAUUCUUCUACAAAGGGUUCAGGAACAAUAAAAGUCAUAUCUGCCAGGUUUUCAAAGUCUGGAAAUCCACUUGUUGUUCUUGCUACCCGUCAUGCAUUUAUUUUCCAUGUCAGUAUGAGAUGCUGGCUAAGGGUUGCGGAUGAUUGCUUCCCUGCAUCAAAUUUCUCAAGUACUUUGCCUGUAAGGACAAGUCAAGAUUGUGAACUUGCAGCUUUGCAAGCGGAUGCUUGCAAGUUUGCCAUGAGAAACAUCUCGUGGAGCAGGGCAUUAAGUGAAGACAAAAUGCAGACUCGAGCUCAUUUAGAGGCUCGGUUAGCAGCAGCUCUAGCAUUGAAGUCUGCUGUUGAAUAUAGGCAAUGUCUUUUGGCUUAUAGUCGGUGUUUAGCAAGGGAAGCAGACGAGGUUCGGUUAAGAGAAAUCUGUGAAGGUCUUCUGGGACCACCACCUGGAAUGAUGGCAUCUACCACAUGCGAUACCAAUAUAGGAGCAUGGGACCCUUAUGUUCUUGGCAUGAAAAAGCAUGAUCUUCUUAGAGAAGAUGUUCUUCCGGCGAUGGCAUCAAACAGGAAAGUUCAACGUCUUCUUAAUGAGUUUGUUGAUUUGCUUUCUGAAUAUGCAACCACAGAACCAAAUUUACAAACUGAACCAGUCAAAACUUAAGGUGCAAAUGCGGCACUUGAUGAAGCGGGGACAUUUUGUGCUAUAUCUCAUUUUUCAUGGUACAUCAUUAUUGUCAUGUGGGUACCAUCAGAGAAGUAAAUUUUGUGUUUAAUAAGACUACUUUUUUAGUUUUUUUUCCUACUCAUUUUCCGAGUGGAUAUGCAGUUCAAUCCCUACGUGGGAAAGGGGAUGCUUUUAAUCUUUUCAAAUGCAUUCAGCAAUGUUCAAUCGCUUCAGGGAGGAUAAAGAGAACCAUUUUUUUUUCUUCUUACAAAAAUCUAGUUUGCCAAUCAAGAAUGCAUUGGGCAUAAAUAAUUUCAGCCCAUAUUUUUUUUCA